AUGGGGAUAGGCAGAUUUUAUCGGUGGCUUUCUGAGCGCUACCCGCUCAUUAACGAGAAGAUUGGCGCCUCCUCCAUCCCGACCUUCGAUAACUUGUAUCUGGACUUGAAUGGAAUCCUUCACAACUGUAGAGGGAUGCUCCAUGCAAACGAGGACUUGAUGUGGCAGUCUGUUUUUGCCCUCUUAGAUCUGGUGGUUUCGACGAUUUCCCCUCGCAAGCUUCUGUAUUUGGCGGCUGAUGGAGUUGCCCCCCGUGCAAAGAUGAACCAGCAGCGUGCUCGCCGUUACAGAGCCGCCAAGACUGCGCAGGAGGCCGCAGUAAUGCAGGCCAAGCAGCAACGUGCGACAGCAAACGGGGUCCAAGCAGCAGCUCAAGGAGCGGGCGAGCAGUUGUCCAGUGUUCCGUUUGGGACGGGAGGUAUAUCCGGGAAAAGUUUCGACAGUAAUUGCAUUUCUCCGGGGACAGAGUUCAUGGCCUCAUUCUUCCGUCACCUUCGUUUUUACUGCGAGAAAAAAUUUCAAGAAGAUGCAAGGUGGAGGGGCUUGAAAGUGCUCCUAUCAGGUCCGGAUGUCCCCGGCGAAGGGGAGCACAAAAUCAUGGCCUACCUACGGUGCUGUAAGGCCGCUGGUAGUGCGGACCCGAACACGCGACAUUGCUUGUACGGGCUUGACGCUGAUUUGAUCAUGCUGUCCCUUGCGUCCCACGAACCACAGUUUGCGUUGCUGAGGGAAGAAGUCGUCUUCGGCCGUCCCACCACAGUCGAUGCGGCAGAUAGGAUGUUGCGUGAACCGGAGAAGCUUCAACUCUUGCACAUCUCAUUGGUGCGCGAAUACUUAUCGGUGGAUCUGUUGCCGGCGAAGAUAGACUACAGCCAAGAACAGAUUGCAUUCAAGGACCGUGGAACUGCCCACGGGCAGCCUUUUUCACCAGGAGGCAGGGUCAAGUUAAAUGAGCCAGAUGGAGUAUCGCAGCAGUCUUCAUCGGAGGGAAGUUUGAACCGUCGCGUCGAUAAGAUGCUCUCCUGUCCAUGCGAGACAGAGCGUGCUAUUGACGACUUUGUCAUCUUCUGCUUCUUGGCGGGAAACGACUUCCUGCCGCAUACGUUUUCCACAGACAUUGGGGAAAAGGGGCUCGAUAGUAUGAUCCUGUGCUACGGGCGUUUCUUAGCUGAGUAUCGCGGACUGGCCGCAUCCGUAACAAGCAAAACGCCAGUGGAUGGCCCGUGGCUUGUCGGAAGGUGUGGCCAGUUGAAUCUCCUUAAUUUGUACAUAUUUCUCAAGCUAUUUGUAGAAACUGUGGAAGACUACAAGGUUGCAGGCAAGGCCGCAGACUUGCAGUGGAUCAUGAGAAAGAAGGCGGGAGAGGAUGCGCAACUGAAGAUGCCUGACGUCCUUGGUGGGGACUCGUGCACAGCAUACCGUGCAAAAUUUUAUGAACGGAAACUUGGCUUCUCACUUCACACGGAAAGCGGCCGAAGGGAGCUGCAGCACUUGUGCCGAAGGUAUCUGGAAGGGCUCCAGUGGGUUGCAUUCUACUACUUCCGAGGCCCCGACGCGAGUGGGUGGAGGUGGUAUUACUCUUACCACUACGCUCCCUUCCUGCGGGACGUGCUCGACUGCGACGUGUUCAGACCGUCGUUUCCAGAUACGCAGACAGUGAAUUUCACAGGCACAGGCGCAGACGAGCGCUGCGGGGACCUUUCAUAUCUUAUAGACCGUACCAUCCCAUUGCCUAGCGGGGAGCCGUAUUCGCCGUUCAUGCAACUCUUGUCAAUCUUGCCGCCUCAGUCGGCUGAAUUACUGCCUCCCCAGCUAAGGCACAUACUGACCGACCCCCCUCCACAGCUUGCACCUUUCUUUCCGAAAGACUUCGAAAUCGACAUGGAGGGCGUGAAGGUCCCGUGGGGGGGUGUGACGCUGCUGCCGUUCGUGGAUGAAGCGGUGCUUGAGAGCGUUGUUUUUCCUCUUCUGGAGAAGCUCCCCCCAGAAGUGCUGAAGCGAAAUGAGACCGGGAAAGUCGUGCUGCUUAUGAGGGAGGAAAAUGAGCAGAGCUGGAGACAGCAUGGUCUCUUACUAAGUGAUAAAGACUCGGGCAAUUGCGAGCAUGGCCAGCUGGCUUCCCUCGACCCUGUAUAUGAGCGUGAGUGCUUCUUCUUUAAAACCAAAAUUAUACAUAGGAGUCUUGGCGUCGUAUUGGACAUUCCACGCCUUCUCAGCCGUAUUAACAGUUCCAUUCAGGAGAACGUACCCAGGGGAGGUGAACAGCGGGAAAUUCGCAUCUUCCCUUCAACUCUUCCCUGGGCUUUUCCUGACGUGGUAGACAGUUGCGUGGUGGAGGAGGAGGUUCUUGUCUUGCCACCUCUAUUGGCUGCUCGCUUGGAGCUGGCCAAAAUUGUAGGCGUCCUUAGGAUCGUCAGACCGACGAUUCCUAUCCCUUCACCAUCCUCCCAGGUGAACAUCAAGGAUGCAGUCGAGGCGUACGUGACGAAGUUGCGCUGGGCUCUACAGUGUACAGAUUUGUCUUCAGUGCGACAGCUGCGCGACCCCCCAGUUAGUCUGCCGCCGCUACCGAACCUUUCCCCUAGGGGGAAUGAACUACUCUUCCCAACGGCUCCCCUUCCUGGAGCAUCGCCAGCUGCCGCUGUUUUGACCCCUUCGCUUCACUCUAAAUGCAUCGCCUGGCACCGUGGGACAGGGGUCAAGGUGUUCAAGCGCGUGUCAGUUAACCAGUCCGUGGUGCUGAGCGUGAUGCCAUUUUCGAGGGAAGCGCUGCUUCGAGGGUCUACAUCGAGCAUUGUUAACUUGCUAAAACCAAAGGACACGCUGAAUAAACUGCUCAACAGCAGAUUUGUUCUCUACGACUACCCUUUUGUAAAGCUGGCCACUCCGGUUGCUGUGUGGCAUCCUACUUUUUACAUUCCUCUAGAUUUCGGCAGCAAAGCGCAGAGUGCUGAUUUCCCCAGUGACCCUAUGGAACAGUUGCAGGAGGUGGAGACGGAGAAGCGCCGCCUGCGGGAACAGGGCAUUGCUGUGACGGACGAGGUGGAAGGCUUCUACUUUGCGCAAUACAGUGCAAAGAGCGUAACAGAGCAGGUUGCUGAGGACGCGCUAAAGACCGCGCCUUACUGGGAUCCGGACCAACAGGUCCUAGGCGGCACCGACGAGGAUGCAAAGCCGAGAUGUACGCCACAGCAGUCUCUCGAGCAGCAGCUGCGGCACCUUGCACUGGACGUGACUUCGGCGCUUGCAGGUAAAAACCAACAGCAGCUGUCCCGCGCAUAUCACCCGCAGAGUGGUCUUUCCACCCUUCUUGUUGAAUUGCGUCCAGUAGAGGAUAUUGUGAUGGAAGAAAAAUUAAUCGAUAUGCACUCGAUGAGCAGCAGCAGCGGCAACGCUGCUGGUUCCAAUUCGCACGAGGGGAAGUCCACUGCUUGCGUACAUUUUCGAUACGGAUCGGAAACAGUUUUCCGCCUUUUCCCACUCCUUGCGACGCCGUCGAAUACCCUCCUGGAAAGCAUGCAGCAGUGCCACCAGGAAGUGAUCGAUGCGGUUGAAGCCCACAGGAAGAUCCGGUGGAAGGCCGGAGAUGAUGUUUUUUGUAUCGCGCCAAACGGAGAACAGCAGUUGUUUCUCGGUGCCGCCGGUGUGCUGGAAAGUUCUCCCACCAGGGAGGAUUCGCAUCUGUGUGUCCGCAUUUCAUCGUGGCGAGAAGAACCCCUUGGAUUUCAGGAGGACCUAGAUAAAGCAUGCAGUGCGGAAAGGGUUUACUCCUUGGAAGAGGCAGCAGAGCUGAUGGGUGUUACUCCUUUCGCUGCAUUCCAAAUCUUUUCCUCUGUGUUCAUCAAGGAGGGGGAGAAUCUAUAUGACUGCGGCCUUCAUAUAGCCAUCUUCACGAAGAGGACGCGCAAGCCUGCCUACGUUGUCAGGUUUUCCUUGCCGUGGCUUAACUUGCCUGGCCAUCAGCGAUGUACGACAUUUCAUAUUGACUCUCGCUGCAGCUCUCACCUCUUCACUAGCCGUGCAGUUGAACUCGGAAAGCAACUUGUGCAGGCGUUUCCUACUUUUGGGCACGCACUCGAUUUGGUUGGUAAUCAUCAUGGGAACUUUUCGGCGAGCUGCCACCUGAAGGCCGCUGAUGUCUUCCGUGGACUGCCAGACGCCGCAUUUUUGGCAUCUCGUUUGGCGUCGAUGGCGGCGCAGUCAGCCUCUCGCAGCGCGAAAGCAGUGACCACUGAAUAUGCUUGGUUACCGAAUUCAACGUACAGGGCGUUGGAUGAUGAGCGGAACGCAUUGAGUUCGGGGCUGGCCGCCGCCCGCUCGGUUGUGUUUCGUGCGGACGUGGCCAGCUGCGUCCCAGCAGCAGACCUGCUAACGAUUCAGAAGCACAUCGUAUCCAAAUUCUUGCGUCUACAUACAGUCCAACAGGUGGCGGAUGGGGAAUAUAGAUUUAUAUAUACGGUAAUGGCCCAUCUGGGGCAGCGCAUGGCCUAUGCCCGGUUCCGCGGGUCUGUUCGUCAAGGCUCUCGUGGGACUGCCUGCGGCUUUGCGUCAAAGUUCGGCAGCUGCAACAUUAAAUGCAAAUACGCAAGCGGCGAGACUACACGCAGUUCUACUGCAGAUAGGCCAGUCUCGCGAGGCGGACUAAGACACGGUUCGGCACCCCUUCCGCGCAUGAGAGGUGCCGCUUACGUGGAUGCUGUCGUAAUAAAUCUUACACUCAAAAAGCGGUUGAACUUCAGAGGGCUCAGUUUGAAACAAGGUCAGCAGGGGGAAGCAAUUCUCGUUGAGGAGGAUGCGGAAUUUAUAAACUCUCAGAUCAGUGCAGCGGAAAGAGUGACACUGUUUCAGAAGCAAAUGGAUUUCCUCGAGGACCUGUGCAUUGAGGUGCUACUGGACGAGCCCUGUUUGGCUGUGAAACGCCUCUGCACGCGUUCUGCACCAAAGGAGAAUUUCUGUGAAUCACAAAACGACUUGCCGAAUCACAGACAGACUCGCGUUCCAUCGGGAGCUUCGCAGGCCCGACGUCAGAAUUUUAGAGGAGGCAAAACGCCGUCUUCUGGGCAAGUUAAGGCAGGCUGUCCCAAUGGUUCCUUUCAACAUUCACAAAUAUCACAGCAAAGAAGACAACAGCAACAAUUAUGGCAAAUUCCACCACAGAUACCGAACCAACAGCAGGCUUCUGCACCGGUUGCUCAGACGCAGCAGAAGGAAGGACUCGAGGCAAAGGCGAAGGCUUUACUUGCAAUAUUAAAAGCAGAGGGACCAACUCCCAACUCAUAA